CCUCGGCUCCUGGCUCACGCAGAGCCCGCAACCGCUCGCUCUCACACACACACGCACAUACACACGCACACACACAGCCGCACACGCCCGGAGCCGCUGACGGAGCCUAGCGGGGGCUCGCCGGCUCUCUCCCAUCCGCUGUCCGAGCCGCGGCAGCCGCGCAAGGGAGAGGAGGCAGCGGCGCCCGCCCUGCUCGGAGCCGCGGCUGGCGGCACUGCCCGGAGAUGUCGGGGGUGCUGGUCCUCGCUGCCUGGUGCUUCCUGCAAGUGGAGAGCCGGCAUCCCGAGGUCAUCACGAGUAGCAGCAGCCGUGGCAAUUUCCUGGACAACGACAAAUGGCUGAGCACCGUCUCGCAGUACGAUAGAGACAAGUACUGGAACAAAUUCAGGGAUGAAGUUGAGGAUGAUUAUUUCAGAAACUGGAAUCCAAACAAGCCUUUCGAUCAAGCUCUUGAUCCAUCCAAAGACCCAUGUCUGAAGGUGAAGUGCAGCCCCCAUAAAGUGUGUGUCACUCAUGACUAUGAAACUGCUAUUUGUGUAAGCCGCAAGCAGCUGGUACACAGCAUUCGACAAAAGAAAGGAAACUUGGCCCAGAAGCACUGGACUGGACCAGCUAACAUAGUGAAAUGCAAGCCUUGCCCCAUGAUGCAUGCAAGCCCUGUCUGUGGCUCUGAUGGACAUACAUAUACUACCAAGUGCAAGUUGGAGUUUCAUGCGUGCACUUCUGGCAAAACCAUCACAGCUCAAUGUGAAGGGCCCUGCCCCUGCCUUCCAGGACCUGAAAGUCCAAAACACAAGACAGAGAAGACUGCUUGCACAGACAAAGAAUUGAGGAGUCUCGCUUCACGACUAAAAGACUGGUUCGGUGCUCUUCACGAGGAUGCAAACCGUGUCAUCAAGCCGACAAGCUCGGAGACAGCACAAGGCAGAUUUGACACCAGCAUCCUACCAAUCUGUAAGGAUUCCUUAGGCUGGAUGUUCAACAAACUUGACAUGAACUACGACCUGCUGCUGGAUCCCUCAGAGAUCAGUGCCAUUUAUCUUGAUAAGUAUGAGCCAUGUGUCAAGCCUCUCUUCAACUCCUGUGACUCCUUCAAAGAUGGAAAGCUUUCCAACAAUGAGUGGUGUUACUGCUUCCAGAAGCCAGGUGGCCUUCCUUGCCAGAACGAAAUGAAUAGAAUUCAAAAGCUAAGUAGAGGGAAGAGUCUGCUGGGUGCUUUCAUCCCACGGUGCAAUGAAGAAGGUUAUUACAAAGCCACUCAGUGCCACGGCAGCACAGGGCAGUGCUGGUGUGUUGAUAAGUACGGGAAUGAGAUAGCUGGCUCAAGAAAACAAGGGACAGUUAGUUGUGAAGAAGAGCAGGAAACCUCAGGGGAUUUUGGCAGUGGUGGAUCUGUUGUGUUGCUGGAUGAUUUGGAAGAGGAACCUGAAGCAGCAAAAAAAGACAAAGAAGGAAAACUGAAGAUUCAUGUAAGAGCAGCUAAUGAAGAUGACGAAGAUGAAGAUGAUGAUAAGGAUGAUGAAAUUGGCUAUAUAUGGUAGUGCCCAUCAUUCUAAGGACUCACAUUUUGCACAAUAUUGCAAGUCACAUCAUAUCUCUGCAAUUGUAUCUGAGAGUACCUGGCACAAAUAUUCCCUCUCUACUGAGUUUAAUUUUGUAUGGUCUCUUUAAUUUGGAAGACAGCUUUUUCUUUUUUUUUUUUCCAGUGAGGACUGUUUGGAAUUCAGCUUUUGUUCAGUUGGUUUGGGGGAUUUUUGUUCUAAUCCACAGGGGCAAUGAAUUUUGUUUCAAAAACAUUUCAUGUCUUAAUCCUCAAUUGCACAGCUUAUGAAAUAUAUUGUGUGAAAGAAGAAUCACAGAAGGGGCUCGGCAAACUGGCACAAGGUUUAGCAGCCCUUCUCUUGUUAUCAAACAUAGACAAUUUGUAGUCAUAAAUUGUUACCUGGAUCAUAUCAGAAACAGUAAUUUUUCUUUCAUGAAAAAGGAAAAGUAGGCGUCUCCUUCUCUAUUCCAUAUUUGUUGUGUUCCUGUAGGGUAAGUCUCUUUGGAUACUGAUUUCUGGCUUCCUAGCACCAGGGGCUUAAUCCAGAAAGAAACCCUCUGGUUUGGUGCUGAUUUUAUUCUUACAUUCUUUGAGAAUGAGUCCAACAGGCUUAGCCCAGCCCACGCUGAAAACCAAACCCACUGGAGCAUAGAUCAGCUCUCUGACAGCGUUAUUUUGGUUAAGCAACAUGGCCUUGAUCUUGAGAGAUGCUGAGAACCUGCAGCUAUCACGGACCGAGCCCUGUGGGCAGGGAACAGAGUCCGUCUGACUAUCAAAGUGUUUGAGCAAAGAGUGUCAUCAAUCUAUAGCAACAUAACCGCCUCCACAGGCAUUCUUCAGCUCCUGUCUGACCUCAUUUGCACUAAGUGCACUAAUGUCACACGGGCAGCCUCUGCUCCCAACUCACACACCGUGGGUCUGUCUGGUCUUUAUUUACUCGAAGCAAUCCCUCAUUGCAAAGCUGUAUAGCUUUCAAAGACACUAACCAUCAAAAGUAAUAAGCUGUCAUUUCUAUAAUUUAAAUAGUUAAUAUUUAUUUGGCCCUGUUUAAAAUAGCAACUUUAAGUGGGAGUGUUUCAAAAGCUUAACUCCUCUGCUCCGUGUGACAAGCUGCACACUCCUAACACACACGUAAAAGAGACUAGUAUUAAAACACAAUCUGUGACUCCCUCAGCAUCAUCCCUGUAUUUAUAGCUCUACAAUUGUAUCACAGCACACUGACAUUAAAUUAUUUGCUGUGUCCUUUCCCAUGGCAGUUCUCUGAUGCAAGAAUAUACUGUGGUGACCUUUCAUUAUUUUUGCGGUUUUUCAGAAAUGCUGCCCAUUGAUGUCGAUGAGUUACAGCAGGAGUGCAUUUGGCAGAUCAAUAUUUCUAAAGGGAAAAAAAAGCCUUUUGGUUGUAGAUGGCUAGUAUAUAACUUUGGCUGGGCGGUCUGCACAUGCUUUGAGAGCAUUCCUGGCUCCCCCUCUGGCUGUGUGACUUGGGUGUGUGUUUGUGUGAGUUCUUUGGCUUGUGGCUUUCAUGAUUAGAGGCUGCCACUUGGUGCUUCUCCUCAAGGUCAGGAUCAGUAAAUGGUGACCGACCACCAGGGAGGCGUGUGGCGGCCCUUAGCAGUGUGCUAGAGCCAGUUCUCUCGCUGGGAGAAGUUGCAGGAAGGGCCACAUUGGUUGGAAGCAUUUAAUGAAAGCCCUAAUCGUGUAAAUAUUUCAGUGUGGAUGCUUACGUGACAAGGCAUUUUCAAGGUUUCAAACUCAAGGGAAAGACAGCACAUGUGAGCUCUUUGCCAGCCCAGCAGGUGGGACUCCCAUAGCUUUGAACGUUUUUCUGGGUACCAUAAUUGAGCUGCUGGGUUGGGAAGCAGCUGUAAGUAUUUUAGCAGUGCCCAUGAUUUGCCUGCGAUUUAUUUUGCAGAAUGAAAAAUGUGCUUAUUGCACAGAGAAAUAAUUAGACUUUUUUUUUUUUCCUCUGAAUUAAUGUUGGCUCUAGAUGUGCUGACAGUAUGGAGUCAAAAGAUAUUCCAGAGAAUUCCUUUAUGCCAGGAAAGCAGGGACAUACCGUGCUGGUUGGCAGAAGUCACUUUUCCAGAAACGCUGUCCCAGGAGCUGUGGUCCCCACCCCUCUUCAGAGCCAAUGCCCACUGCAAAACCUGUUAGGGCUGUGCAGCCCAUCUCCCCAUCUGUGCAGGACCUCUGCAUUCAGAUGGGAGUGGAAAAGCAAUACAGAAAAGGCAGUCCUUUCACACACCACAUGUUGCAGGGGCUCAGGCGUUGUCUCCUCUUUCAUUUUCUGUUUCUCUAGAUCAAUGAUCUGGGAACAAAUACCAAGCCUGCACACACACACACACACACACACACACACACACAUACACAUACAUGUGUACACACAGCCCCACUGGCCUGGGUUCGUGUCGACGCCCCUAUCCAGGUGAUCAUUCAGUUACCUGUUCCAAUUGGUCUUCCGAAUCCGGGCCAGCAUCAGGAAAAUACAAUUUUAUGGACUAUGUUCAAUAGGCUACAGCGAUAGCACAGUUUAAAGAGAAUGAUAUCAAAUAAUAAUGUGUCAUAGCCUUGUCAGGCAGACGUCAGACAAAUGUUUGUGCUUUGAGUGGCAGCUCAGACUGCAGUUUGCUUUGAGCAUGUUACCAAGAACUACAAAGCUAUUUAACAAAGCCCUUCUGAAAUCCACUGGCAUUGGUCAGUGGUCAGGGGACCUGCAGGCUAUAUAAACAUGCGCGUUUGUGUACAUUUAUAUACAUAUUUGUGUAUAUAUGUAUAUUUAUGUACACUCAUAUAAUGUAGAUACAUGUGUCCAAUCUGAGACAUUCCUCUAAGAAGAUGCUUUAUUUCUUUAAAAGGAACCAGCCACUCUACCAAGAACCAGUUCUUUGUUGGAUCAAGCCCCUUCCAUUCUUCAUGCUUUGUAAAAGAUUUAAUUUGCUUGCGGCUUAAUUGAAUUCCUUUCUUUUCUUCUUUUCUUUUAUUUUUUUCCUCUUGCUUUUUCUUUUUUCUUUCUAUUUUUUUCUUUUUCUUUUUCAAAGCAGAACUUCCCAUCUGAAUCAAGUCAUUGACCUUUCAAAUAUUUUCUUAUUGUGAAAAAUGGAAUCAGAGUUGUCCCGUUCUUUUAGAGACACAAACCAAUUUUUAAUCUCAUUUUCUUUUCAUAUUAGAGACUAUGAAAUACUGUUAGGCAUUGCUUUAUGGUUCAAGGUGUCCUUUUAACUACUGUGGUUACAUCAAAAUCUCCUUGAGUUCAGAUUUCAGCACAGUUGGGUUUUUUGGGUCAUUACUAGACUUUGCUGUGAACACAAAGAAUCCUUUUCCUUUUUUUGCCCUUUUUAAGCCGUUCCAUACUAUUAUUUUAAACCAUUAGAAAUGUUUAUUUAAUAUUUAUUCUACAGUUUAUAUUGAAAAUGUAAAGUUUAUAUUUAAAACAACACUGUUUGUUAGUGAAUGCUUCUCUUUGCCUCUCCAGCCUAGUCUGUUAGUCUCAGUGUACAUUUCUGGCAUGGGAAUAUUUUGAUAUUAGAAGUUUUGUAGCAUUUUUCCCCUCAAGCAGCAACUGACAUAGAUCUAAGGUCAUCACUCGAUACAGACCACCAGAUCGCCCGAGCUUAGCUUCCUACAUUUGUUGGCUUUUAUUGCAGGCCCUUCUGUACUGCCAUUCAAGUUCCUUUAAUACAUAGACUGCUUUGUACAGUUACUAUACAUCAAAAAGCCCUUUCUACAGUAGGUGGUUUUUGGUCUUUUUAUACUUUUCUCAAUGCUGUUGAUGUCCGUUACUGUUAAAUGUGUAGAUCUGUAAGGAGAGAUCCAAAUAUUAUGUGUUUCAGUUUGAUGUCCCUACUGUAGAUGGAUGUAGACUAUCAUAGUAAGUAGAAUUGCAUAGUAAAUUCUGAAUGCUUUUUCCAUAAGGAGUUAAGUGGAAUGUGAACAUUUUGCUAUAUUUCUUUGGUUAACUGUAAAUGCUUAACUGUAGUCUGAAAUAGUUGCAUUUUUGUCUGUCUCAAUAAAUUUUAAUUUGUCUGCGA